ACAGCAUGUCUCGUUGCGGGGAGCUGCCGGGAAAGAACUGGAUAGCGCUUCCCAAGCGCAUUUUAUUAAUUUAAGUAAACUCAGACGGUGUACAAUGAUAAAUAACAUCUGUGGAUGCGAACAAGGCAUUUUCUCCACCAUGCUCUGUGGUGACGGUGCCAGUGAUGGAUUCUGGAACCUCUCCCCUCUGUGUGCUCUGUUAGCGUUCCCCUGUCCUUCCCCUGCGGUGCUCUGAAAGAUUAUCCUCCCGUAGAGGAAAUGGGCGAUCAUCAUCAGGUCAAGACUUCCUUCCUCUUUAUCCAACUGCAGUCACCCUCCAAGGGCCGUGGGCCACCGCGUCCUGCCGACACUGCCUGCCCAGACGCUGGAGAGGAAGGACUGUCUCCCAGUCCGGCAAGAGACACAGAGCUGCUCGACCAUGGUGAACCAGAGGGUUUGCAACUAAGUGCCCCAGGAGCAGACGCUGAGACCAGCAACGAAGGGAGCAAAGAGGGAACCACCGAGUCUUCUGUUAACUUCUCUCCUGGUCUUGUUUGUGAUGCUUCACCGAUUGCAGCGGACCCCGAGGACCAGGAAAGCUUGCACUUGAACACAGACAGAUCAGAACCUGAUUCUGAAGCCAGAGGGAACACCCCAGAGUCUCCCGUUUGGAUCCUGCGUCAAGACGCCACCAUAGCCAUGAGUGCGGAGAGCCAGCCAGUGCCAGCGGGGGGCCACUCCCAAGCCAGCACUCGUGGAAGAGUCAGCUUCCUACACCCAGCUGGGGGACCCAACAUUUCCAACAAAACUUCCAGUCCUGGGUUAAAGAAAGAAGAGGCUGCUAAGCCCUUAGGCUGUGUUUACCCAGCAACUGCCCAGCCUCCUGUGGGCAAAGCUAUUAGUGCGUGGUGCCCCCCUGCCCACAGUGCCGGGACGGACGGGGUGCACCGGAGCGUGGAGGGCAGCAAGCAGAGCGGGGUGAAGGCGCCAGUCCUCACCAAGAGCCCGGAGAGUAAGACCUUUCUAUCUGCUGUGAUCGAGAGAUCCUCCAAAUUACCAGAGGAUACGUACAAAAAGACGGUGGACAGAAGCCCUGGCAUGGCUGGCCUUCAACACUCUGCCACGGCUAAACCUGCUUCUCAGCCUUCUGUCAUGGGUCCAGCUGCUCCUCCAUCCUCUGCUGACAUUAUUCCCUCAAUUCUUCUCAACCCUGCCACAGCUCAGAAGGCGGAAACAUUCGUCUGGGUCAACAGUACUUCUCCGCAUGCUCAAAGUGUCGCCAAGGCCAAGUACGAGUUUCUCUUCGGGAAGGUAGAGGAGUCAAGCUCUUCAGACUGUGUUUCUACAGAAAACUCCCACAUUCUACCACAAGAGGGCAGCAGAGCCAGCUUUGACCCCUCUCUACAGCAUGGAAUGGUUGGCAGCGGGGGAGACGACGACUUUGACGAGGCCUCGCUCUUCCUAGAGAUCGACAGGGAGCUGGCACACCUGCUGAGCGGCCUGGGGGGCGGGGCUCAGGAUGCCCCCGCGGGCCGCGAGGCCGAGGACAGACGCGCGCCCACCGACAGCACCCCAGCCAUGAUCCCCUGCAACGGGCAGGGCGGGACCCAGGCCGACGCGCCUGCCCGCGGGCCGGAACGGCAGGGCGGGGCCGCUGGAGCCUCCGAAUUGGAAACAUCUGGAGAGUCGCUCCUCAUGUCCGGCCUCGUCCUGGACCCCUGGACCGAGGCCCUGCUGCAGGGGUCGCUUUCCCCGGGCUCAGCGGAGGACAGGAUCAACGGAGACGGCAGGAGCGCUCUCGCCGGUCAAGACAAACCCGCCGAGAUCCCGGCCCCGGCUGUGCUGACGUCUGCGCCGGAGACGGACCCCGGCGAGGGCGAGGGGAGGACGGGAGGGGCGGCCGACGCGCCCUUCGCCGAGGACGAGGGGGCGCUCCUGCUGGAGUCUCUGGAGGAGUCCACUCGGAUCCUCGCCGAAAUCCCGGGCAUCCUCACGGCCUUCCUUGACGGGGCUCAGGCCAAGGAGAAGCCCCCCAAGAAAAUCCGCUUUGCGGAUAGCCGCCCGCAGAGCGCACACGACCCCGGGAAAGCCCUGCUGGAGUGGGGCCUGGACGGGCAGGUGGAUGGACAGGCGGCGGAACGGGAAGGGGAGCAGGCAGCUGAGGAAACCCUGGCCCUCAAAACGGACAGAUCCACAGGGGGUGCGGAGGCUCGGGAGAGUCCCCCUCAGAGCACAGACUCCGGGCCCUCUCCUCUUCCCCUGCAGGGCCCUAUGGAGGACGAGGUGUUCCGCGCCCUUCCGGAAGUGUGUGUGGAGAGCCCAGAGAGCGAGGUCACAUCUGAGCAGACCUCAUCCAGGAGCACAGAGGCCCGGGGCAGCGACGAGGACGCGAGGGCGGAGCUGGAGAGCGAGGAGGCGACCGACGUGUUCAGCUCGCAGUUCGAGAGCAUCCUGGAGUCGGAGCGCCUGCGCAGCACGCUGUAUAGCAGCCUGGACUCGCUGGACGCCCUGUCGUCCGCCGACGAGUCGGACACCUGCUUCAGCUUCGACAUGCCCCUCACGCCCAUGAUCCAGCAGCGGCUCAAGGAGAGCGGCCACUUCCUGGAGGGCGGGGCCGAGGCGGGCCGGCAGGAGGUGCUGAGCGUGACCGCCACGGGGAAGAGCGGCAAGGCCGCCCUGGAGGUGACGUCGUCCUACCUGGACGUGCCCGACGGGGACCCUUCCACCAGCGGGCGGCCCGGACAGCUCUCUGACAAACAUUCCGCUGGAUCUUUAGCCAAUGGAGUCCUGGAGAACACAGAGGGGGACCCACGCGAUUGGCUGCAAGGCUGCUUAAGUGAUGCAGGGCUGAAGGACGUGCUGUCGGACUGGGACUCGGACAUGGGCAGCACAGAGAGGCUGAAGGACAGCACCGACACGCUCCACAACGGCAGCAAGAGCGACCAGGAGGCCGCCCGCCGCCUGGCGCGCCGCCUCUUCCACCUGGAGGGCUUCCGUCGCUCGGAUGUGGCCAAGCACCUGGGCAAAAACAACGAGUUCAGCAAGAUGGUUGCCGAAGAGUACCUCACCUUUUUUGAAUUUACAGGGAUGACAUUGGACCAAUCUCUCAGAUCCUUCUUAAAAGCUUUUGCACUAAUGGGCGAAACCCAGGAGAGAGAGCGGGUUUUGAUCCACUUCUCCAAUAGGUACUAUCAGUGUAACCCCACCACCAUUUCUUCGCAAGAUGGAGUUCAUUGCCUUACGUGCGCUCUGAUGCUGCUGAACACCGACCUUCACGGCCAUAAUAUUGGGAAGAAGAUGACUUGCCAGGAAUUCAUCAAUAACCUAGACGGCCUAAAUGGAGGACAAGAUUUCCCCAGAGAGCUGCUGAAGGCCUUGUACAAUUCAAUCAAAAACGAGAAGCUGGAAUGGGCAAUAGACGGGGACGAGCUGCAGAAGUCCCUGUCUGAGCUCGCAGAUAACAAGACGGAAAAUGCGCACCCAAAGAGCAUCAGUAGGAUUGGCAGCGGCAGUAAUCCCUUCCUCGACAUCUCCCACGACCCCAAUGCCGCCGUCUACAAAACCGGCUUCCUCGCCCGCAAAAUCCACGCAGACAUGGACGGAAAGAAAACACCAAGAGGGAAGAGAGGGUGGAAGACAUUUUAUGCUGUUCUCAAAGGAAUGAUCCUUUACUUACAGAAGGAUGAGUACAAGCCAGAGAAGGCCCUGUCAGAGGAGGACCUGAAGAACGCGAUCAGCGUGCACCACGCGCUGGCCAUCAAGGCGGUGGACUACGAGAAGAAACCGAACGUGCUGAAGCUUAAGACGGCCGACUGGAGGGUGUUCCUCUUCCAAGCCCAGAGCCCAGAGGAAAUGGAGGCUUGGAUCCGAAAGAUUAACUCGGUGGCGGCCAUGUUCUCCGCCCCUUCAUUCCCGGCUGCUAUUGGCUCGCAGAAGAAGUUCAGCCGCCCCCUACUGCCUGCGACCACAACACGGAUGUCGCAGGAGGAGCAGCUGAAGUCUCACGAGGCCAAGCUGAAGCACGUCUCCACGGAGCUGGCUGAGCACAGAUCCUACCCUCCGGACAAGAAGGUCAAAGCCAAGGAGAUCGAUGAGUACAGACUCAAAGAGCACUACCUGGAGUUUGAGGAAAACCGUUAUGAGAUGUACGUGAAGCUCCUGAAGGAGGGGGUAAAGGAGCUGCUGUCAGGGAAGGAUGGAGACGUGGGGCUGAAGAAAUCCCAGUCCAGCCCCUCGCUCAACCAGGAGUCUCAGCCGGCUGCGGCCAAAGUCAAGCGCAACACCUCGGAGAGAAAGGAGCACAGGCCGGACACGCCCAAGGUCACAUAGGAAGCCACCGCCAGAGCGAACAAGAGGGUGAACAAGGGCCAUUCAGACGCAACGUGUGAAUACGUUUCAUGUAAUUUAUUUAUCAGCCCACUAUCGCGACAGAAACAGUUGUGUAAACUGUAAAUGAAGAAUAAUCGUCCUUCCUAGAUCGACUGGUGCUUGUGUAGCGUUUUUUUUUUUGUUUUUGGUUUUUGUUCUUGUUUUUCUUUUUCUUUUUUUUUUUUUUUUGUAAGGAACAUCAUCUUAUGUAUUUGUGGUCCUUUUAUUUCGAUGUUGUUGACGUUGCUGUUGCUGUCGUUAUUGUACAAAGCGUAAGAUUUUGUUGUGAGGCGUUUGACUCCUUGUCACUUUACUCGAUCUCGCUAUAACUGUCAGAUCCGUUUCACAACAAGACUUUCUUUGCCUUUCAGUUGAGAAGAAAAAAAAGUAUUUUCUUCUCUCCAGUUUAGUGGAAGAUCCCUGACCAACCUCUGUACAUGUAAAUAUUGAAUAGAGAUGUAGAGAUAGUCUCACUUGGAAUUUAACCAGUUAUUUUAAUAUGUAGUUUUUAGUGUACGUCAGUGACAUUGAAAUCGUCACAUACUUUGAUGGUAAUAUUUACGUGGACAGAUAUGGCUUUCAGUGAGAACAGGCAGGUGCUUUUCAAGCUACAAUGUUUUUUCCUGCUUUUCUCCAUAGAACUCAUCAAAAGUUUUGUUUCUCUUUGAAAUGUUUAUUUUUUUCUUAAUUAUAAUGAUGCAUCUCGGUGUAAAUAAUGGGAAGUGAUGCAUUGCUUAGUUAAAAGUUUUAACGCUUUCAAAGAUGUAGAACCUCCUUGCUUCGCUUAAGAACGGAACAGACAUUUAGGACAUCCAAAUUAUAAGCCUGACUUAACCAUUUAUUCAAUUGUACAAGCAUGUUACAUUAGAUGGAAUUCGUACUGAAGCUAAGUAUAAGUUUCUAUAUCAGUAAGGGAUACUUUGAAAAUAUGUGUUCAGCAUAAUCCAGUGUUUGAGUUCAGUUACAUCUACAGUACUGUUAACAUUGAAAGUUUCAGACUGCAGUACGACUUUGAUGUGAAAACCUAAGAUACACAGUCUCUGUAGCUGAGCCAUUUUAUUUUUGUCUUCUUUAAGGCGAAGGAUAUAUUUAUGCUUUUUAAGUAGUGUCAAUGCCAAUGCUCCUUUUUUGUGUCUUUUAUAAUCUUCACGUAUUUGGAUUUUGAAUUCUAAUUUGAUAACUGUAUUGUUGUAAAGAUCGAAUUAGUAUUUAUAGUGCACUUUAUAAAUGAGUUCUUUUGAAUAUUUCAGAGAGCUUUAUAAGGGGUAGACUUAUGAGUUUCUUUACUGACUUCACAGGUUUUUAAGGCUGAACUAAACGUACGUUUGUUUUAUUGAAGGUACUGAGCUGAAUGUACGUUUCUAUCAGCUCAACUCGUAAUGUUGUCCUAGUUUGUUUUCAGUGGUUCGAUAGUUUUGCUGUUAUAGUUCGAUCGUUUAAUGACAAGGUUUCCUGUGAGGAAACUAUUUACAGUGCUGUAACAUUUAAAGUUGCAAUUAUUGCCUUUCCUGAUGCUGUUGUUAUUGAAUCUGUAACGUCACUCACAGACGUUCAUUACAAAUAGUACUGACAUUGGAAAACUAUAUGCAUUUUAUUGGACAAUAAAUUCCCUCUCUGUACUUUCUUAACACCCCUUUUCCUUUCUUGAUUUUUCAGUCAAGUCAUAACAAAUGUAUGAGUACAGUGCAAACAGCAUACCCUGUACUUUACUCACAUUAACACACAGUGAUGCCCCAUUCUUGGACAAGUUAAAGAAAUACUUUUCAACAUGCAAAUGGUCUGUUUAUGAUGGUUCUAAAAUAUACAAGAUUUGCACUGAAAGAGAAGAUCUUUUUCUUUUUUCUAAUGAUGAUGAUGAUGAUGAUGAUGAAUGUUAAAGUGUGUUGAAAUGUCUUUUGACAUCA